UGGCAGCGCUGGUGGAGGUGUGGCGGGGGGUGUACAGCAGCAGCGGGGGCAGCGCGGGCGUGCGCGCAUGGCGCCCCUCCAUGGACCCCUGCAGCGAGCUCGCGCCCUUCUCUCUUCAGUGCAUGCCCACCGUCUCGCGCGAGGCUAAACAGCGCAUCGUCUCGCUAACAAUCUCCGGGCAGGCGUUGCGAGGCGCACUCAGUGCAGCAGUGGGAAACCUCUCCGACCUGGCGGACUUUACGCUCAAAGACACAAGGGUGGGCGGCACCCUGCCUCAAUUCCGUAGCUCUUCACUGGUUGACCUCUCUAUUCUCAACAGCCCUAUUGAGGGCCCCAUCCCCUCUCUCCUUGCCACGUCACCGAUUCUCGCCACACUGGCCAUCUCCGGCACGCGAGUCAACGGCAGCAUACCAGAGGACUUGGUCAGCGGCACCACCACGCUUCAAUUACU